UCCGGGUGUCAGUAUGCGUCGCUCUGCAGCGGCUGGCGGUGGGACCAGUUAAGAUGUAAGCAGAGAAGCGGACAUUUUUACCAAACAUUAACGGUAGCUGCAGUCUAAAUACAUACACUACAAGGUUUCAUACACAUUUACCCACGUUUCUCGUGAAAGAAGGCCCGGUAGCGAGACCCUAGUAAACGGACUCACCACCGACGGACUGGCAGCCAUUUUUGCAAAUAUGGCUGGGGAGGUUCGGGAGGCCUGCUGGGGCCGUAGCCUGGAGCGAGCUCAGCCCAGGGUCUGUUUAUCGCUGUCGCGGACGCUCCUUUCUUUCGUCGCCCUUGCAGUCCUGGUGCAACUGCCGUCUCUCGCCGAAGCAAAAGAAUGCGAAAAGCCCUGCAUGAAUGGAAAGUGCAAUGCCGCCACUGGUAACUGCCUUUGCGACCCGGGCUGGGUUGGGGACCAAUGCCAACACUGCGGCGGCCGCUUCAGGUUGUCCGGGCCCUCUGGCUUUCUCUCCGAUGGACCAGGAAACUACAAGUACAAGACUAAAUGCACCUGGCUUAUAGAGGGACAGCCUAACAGCAUACUGCGGUUGCGGUUCAACCACUUUGCAACGGAAUGCAGCUGGGACCACCUGUAUGUCUAUGACGGAGAUUCCAUCUAUUCCCCAUUGCUGGCUGCCUUCAGUGGCUUGAUUGUCCCAGAGCGCUACGGUAACGAGACGGUCCCUGAAGUGGUUGCAGAGUCCGGAUUCGCCCUCCUCCACUUUUUCAGCGAUGCCGCGUACAACCUGACCGGCUUCAACAUCUCCUACAGGAUAAACACGUGCCCCAAUAACUGCUCGGACCAGGGUGUGUGUCGUGACGGUGAGGACGGACGUGUGCUGUGUGAGUGUGACGAGGGCUGGAAGGGUCACGCGUGUGAUAUCCCAUCAUGCCCCGCUGGCUGUGGGCAUCCCCAGAGGGGGUCCUGCCGCACUGGCACCUGUGUCUGCAAGUCCAGCUGGCAAGGGACAGACUGUUCCAUCCCCGUCCCAGGCAAUGUGUCCUAUUGGAGGAGAGAGGAGUUUGAUGACCAGGGCCUGUCCCGGGCCUCCCAUAAGGCCGUGGUGCACGAGGGCCUCAUGUGGGUGGUGGGGGGCCACGCGUUCAACUACACCGACUACCAGAUGGUCAAGGCGUUCAAUCUGUCAUCUGAGAGCUGGAUGAGCCUGAACCAGUCAGUGAACUCAGUGACCCCUCGCUAUGGCCAUUCUCUGGCCGUAAACAAGGAUAAGCUUUACAUGUUUGGAGGCAAGAUUGAUUUCACUGGGAACGUCUCGGCUGAGCUGUGGGUAUUCCACAUCCGGAACCAGUCCUGGGCUCUGGUGCCGGCGCGGGUUAAGGAACCAUACGCGGUGGUGGGCCACUCAGCGCACACGGUCCAGAUGAAGCCGGACGGGUCAGAACCGGUCAUGCUGGUCAUCUUCGGCCACUGCCCCCUGUACGGCUACAUCAGCAAGGUCCAGCAGUACAACAUCCUGAAGAGCGAGUGGAGCGUGCUUGACCCCCAGGGGGCGCUGGUUCAGGGUGGCUACGGGCACAGCAGCGCCUACGACCCGCACACACGCGCCAUCUUCAUCCACGGCGGCUACAAGGCCUUCAGCGCCAACAAGUACGGCCUGGCCGGGGACCUCUACCGCUACGACGUCGACAAGAACAUGUGGAGCAUUCUGAAGGACAGUGGGUCUUUCCGCUACCUGCACACGGCGGUCAUAGCCAGCGGCACCAUGCUGCUGUUUGGCGGGAACACGCACAACGACACCAGCAUGAGCCACGGAGCCAAGUGCUUCUCCUCGGACUUCAUGGCCUACGACCUUGCGUGUGAUGAGUGGUCCAUCUUACCCAGGCCAGAUGUGCAUCAUGAUGUUAACCGCUUCGGGCACUCAGCUGUCUACAGCAACAGUAUGAUGUAUGUGUUUGGAGGCUUUAACAGCCUCCUGCUGAGGGACGUUCUGCAGUUCUCCCCGGUGAGCUGCGCGGCGUUCGGUAGCCAGGACGACUGCCUGUUGGCGUGGGCGGGCGCGCGCUGCGUGUGGAACGCCACCACCAAGGCGUGCCGGCCCUGGGAGACCGCCUCGCUGGACCAGCAGGACCAGCUGCUCAGCACCUGCGCACCCAAGACCUAUGCUGAUAAUGGCACGUGUAACCAGUACUCCGACUGCUACAGCUGCACGGUGAACACCAACGGAUGCCAGUGGUGCUCUGACCAGUGUGUGUCCUACGGCAGCAACUGCACCUCUGCAGCGGGUGCCGUGGCAGAAUAUGAGGCCUGUCCGAAGGACAACCACUCGUACGUGUGUAAUAAGAAGACCAGCUGUAAGAGCUGUGCCACUGACCAGAACUGCCAAUGGGAGCACAGGAACCAGGAGUGCAUCACCCUGCCCGAGAACGUGUGCGGGGAGAACUGGCACCUGGUGGGGAACUCGUGCCUGAAGCUGGUCACGGUCAAGGACAACUACGACAACGCCAAGCUGCAGUGCCGCAGCAGCAACGCCGCGCUGGCCUCGCUCACCUCGCAGAAGAAGGUGCAGUUUGUGCUCAAGGAGAUGCAGAGCCGCUCCCUCCCGAAUAAGGUGGUGUCUCCAUGGGUGGGCCUGAGGAAGAUUAACGUGUCGUACUGGUGCUGGGAGGACAUGUCCCCCUUCACCAACUCCCUGCUGCAGUGGUUGCCAGGGGAACCCAGCGGCGCUGGUUUCUGUGGUUACCUGGCUGAGCCCACCUCCUACGGCCUCCGCGCUGCCAACUGCAUCAGCCCCGUCAAUGGCAGCCUGUGUGAGCGCCCAGCGAACCACAGUGCCAAGGCGUGCCGCACCCCGUGCGCGCUGCGCUCCACGUGUGGCGAGUGCACGAGCAGCAACUCCGAGUGCAUGUGGUGCAGCAGCAUGAGGCAGUGCGUGGACUCCAACGCCUACGUGGCCUCCUUCCCCUACGGACAGUGCAUGGAGUGGUACACCAUGAACACCUGCCCACCGGAGAACUGCUCUGGCUACCGCACGUGCGGGCAGUGCCUGGAUCAGCCGGGCUGUGGCUGGUGCACGCACCCCAACAACACGGGCAAGGGCCAGUGCAUGGAGGGCUCGUACCGCGCGCCCAUGCAGACGCUGCUGCCCGCGCCCUCCUCCAGCCCCGCGCCCGCCGCCCUCAACGGGCGCCAGCCGCUCCCGCUGCCCCCCGUCAUCAACGCCUCCAUGUGCCCGCUGGACAACAGAUACAACUGGUCCUUCAUACAGUGCCCAGCGUGCCAGUGUAAUGGCCACAGUCAGUGUUUGAACGAGAGUGUGUGUGAGCGGUGUGAAGACCUCACCACCGGACGACACUGCGAGAACUGUAUAGCCGGCUACUAUGGAGACCCCACUAACGGUGGAUCCUGCCAACCCUGUAAGUGUAAUGGCCACGCCAGCAUGUGCAAUGGAGGAAACGGCAAAUGCUUCUGCACCACCAAAGGCAUUAAAGGAGAUCGAUGCAAUCAGUGUGAAGUUGAGAAUCGUUACCAAGGCAACCCGCUCAAGGGCACCUGCUACUACACUCUGCUGAUUGAUUAUCAGUUCACCUUCAGCCUGUCCCAGGAAGAUGACCGCUACUACACCGCCAUCAACUUUGUGGUCACCCCUGACGAGCAAAAUCGGGAUUUGGAUAUGUUCAUCAACGCAUCCAAAAACUUCAACCUCAACAUCACCUGGGCCACCAGUUUUGCAGCUGGUACUCAGGCAGGAGAGGAGGUCCCUAUUGUGUCCCGUAGCAGCCUGAAGGAGUUCAAGGACAGCUUCUCCAACGAGAAGUUUGAUUUCCGCAGCAACCCCAACAUCACCUUCUUCGUCUACGUCAGCAACUUCACCUGGCCCAUAAAGAUCCAGCAACUCCUGCGUGAGAUGCAGCAGAUGGCUAGUCGACCCUUCGCAAGUGUCAGCGUCGCCCUGGAAACAGACGAGGAACCACCAGACCUGAUUGGUGGAAAUGUUAGGAGCACUCCAAAGCCCAUUGCCCUAGAGCCCUGCUACGGCAAUAAGGCAGCUGUGCUGUCAAUCUUCAUCCGGUUACCCCGGGGAUCAGGAGGAGUCCCACCCCCUGGCCAAUCAGGUUUUGCGGUGGGCAGUGCUCUGGUGGACAUCUCUCAGCAGAUGUGUCUGGGCUACAAGGAGAAGUCCGGCGGCAUGCGGAGCCGCAAGCAACAGCCUCUGGCGCAGCCUGCCACCUGCAUCUGACCUUCACCCGACCCCCCC